UAUUAGGCGGCGCGGGGCGGCCGGUAUGGAGCUCACGGAGGAGCGGCGGAGCCGGAGCCGGGUGCGCGGCAGCACCGCGGCCGUGGAAGCCCCGAUUCCUGCCAACCGUCACUCCUUGAUCCGUGUCCCCGGUCCCUAAACGCCUUUCCCAGCGCGGGUCCUCUCACAAUGGAUUCGUUUCAGACCGAACAGAUGUUGAGCUUGCCCGCCGAGCUGGGCAGCAACAACUUAGAGCUGGCAGAGUCGGCGGAGCGGGAGUCACCAGCGGCUGAAGUAGACACGGGCCCCGACCCGGAGGCGGCUACAGAGGGUCCCGAACCUCCGGAGCCGGAGCAAGAGCAGCCUCCAAGGACCUCGACGCCCCCGGAGUGCAAAGUCCUGCUCUCACAGGCCGACGCCUUGGCAUCUGGGGGGCGCCUUCGGGAAGCCCUCGAGGUAUACAGACAGCUCUCUGAACGGCAGCAGCUGGUGGCCGAGCAGCUGGAGCAGCUGGUGCGCUGCCUGGCAGAGAACGUCCCGCAAGACGAGUCACAGGCGCCCGCUCCGGCUCUCUCGGACAAGAGCAGCGCGACAGGCUGCACCGUGGCAGCGGAAGAGGCAGGGGUGGCGGCAGCCGCGGCCACUGAGGUUUGGGAUGGCUUUAAGUGCCGGAAGUGUCACGGAUUUUUAUCAGACCCGGUGUCUUUGUCUUGCGGCCACACCUUUUGUAAACUGUGCCUAGAACGUGGGCGGGCGGCUGACCGGCGCUGUGCGCUGUGCGGGGUUAAGCUGUCCGCGUUGAUGGUGGCCACCGGGAGGGCGCGCGGUGCCCGGCGGGCUGGGCAGCAGGCGCCGCCGCCGCUGCGGGUCAACGUGGUGCUCAGCGGCCUCCUCGGCAAGUUGUUCCCGGGCCCCGCGCGGGCGUCGCAACUCCGGCACGAGGGCAACCGGCUGUACCGAGAGCGCCAGGUGGAGGCGGCGCUGCUGAAGUACAAUGAGGCGCUUAGGCUAGCUCCAAAUGACCACUUGCUUUAUAGCAACAGGUCUCAAAUUUAUUUCACUCUGGAAUCUCAUGAAGAUGCCCUGCAUGAUGCAGAAAUAGCUUGUAAACUCCGCCCAAUGGGUUUUAAGGCACACUUCAGAAAAGCACAAGCCUUAGCCACCCUAGGCAAGGUGGAGGAAGCCUUGAGAGAGUUUCUGUACUGUGUAUCCCUUGAUGGAAAGAACAAGAGAGCAAGAUCUGAAGCCCAGAGGCUUCUCCUUAGUUUCUUUUCACCAUCAGUCCCGGGGGAUUCUCAGGAACAUUCUCCCGAUAUCCUGAAGCUGUUGGCACCUCACCCUAGAUUAAAGGAACACGUAGAGUCAAUGGCUACUGAAGGCACCAGCCAUAAUCUACUAAAGUUGUCACAGGAAAGUCUAGAGCUCCCACAUUGCUCUAAUCAGAAGGAGGCAGCAGCCAGCCAGAAUGGCAGCAGUCUGACGAACACAGCUAACAUACAGUUGGAUGGUCAGCAAGACAACAUGAAAGAACAGGAAGAAGAAGAAGAGGAGAAGCAAGAUGCUGCCUCUCCAGAUGGUGCUUCCGUCAAGAUUGGCAAAUGCCAGGAAAAGAAAAGAAAACAUUGCCAAAUUGAGCUCAGAGAAGACACAGAGGUUUUCAAUAAAGCCCACAAGCAAGAUCUUCCCACUGAUCAGGGGGCCAAAGCUGCUCUCAGUAUUCCACCUGCAUCGUUUGACGCCUCUGACCUUGAAUGCUCCCUAUGUAUGAGAUUAUUCUAUGAGCCAGUCACAACACCUUGUGGGCAUACCUUUUGCUUAAAAUGCCUUGAAAGAUGCCUGGAUCACAAUGCAAAAUGUCCAUUAUGCAAGGAUGGUCUUUCCCAGUGCUUGGCAUCAAGAAAAUACAGCAAAAAUGUCAUAAUGGAAGAGCUAAUAGCUAAAUUCCUUCCAGAAGAGUUCAAGGAACGAAAGAGGCUUUAUGAAGAGGAAAUGGAAGAACUCUCUAACUUAAAUAAGAAUGUGCCUAUUUUCGUGUGUACCAUGGCCUAUCCAACCGUUCCUUGUCCCCUGCACAUCUUUGAGCCUUGUUACCGCCUGAUGAUCCGGAGAUGCAUUGAGACAGGCACGAGACAGUUUGGCAUGUGCCUUGGAGAUCCUGUCAAAGGGUUUGCAGAAUAUGGCUGCAUCCUAGAGAUCAGAAAUGUUCAGUUCUUUGCUGAUGGUCGCUCAGUGGUUGACAGCAUAGGCAAGAGGCGUUUCAAGGUGCUCCAUCAGGGCCAGCGGGAUGGCUACAACACAGCCGACAUUGAAUACAUUGAAGAUCAAAAGGUUCAGGGAGAAGACUGUGCUGAGCUCAUGGGAUUGCAUAACUGUGUCUACGAGCAAGCAUCAUCAUGGUUUCACUCACUCAAAUCAUCUCUGAAGAAUCGAAUACUCAAUCACUUUGGUCCAAUGCCAGAGAAAGAUGCAGAUCCCCAGAUUAACCCGAACGGCCCAGCCUGGUGCUGGUGGACAUUAGCUGUUCUUCCUUUGGAAAGUCGAGCUCAGCUCCCGUUUCUCGCAAUGAGAUCCUUAAAGGAUAGGCUGAAUGGUAUUCGGCGAAUCCUGGCUUUUAUAUCCCGAAACCAAAACUAGUGAGAGUGGAUUGCUGAAGAGAACCGCGCACCCUCCCUGCUUCCUUGUGAAGGAGAUCUGCUUGUAAAUAUAUCUAAUUGCAAUAACAUCUUAACAGAAGAGGUUAUCAAACAGAGGUGUGUUUCCCUACUUUUGAUCACACAGAGAAAUCAAGUAGAAAGACCAAAUGAAUGUGACCUGUUUGAAACUUUCUGUCUUAAGAUUCUUCUUGAGAUGCUGCACAACUACAUAAACUGCAGAAGUGUUUAAGAGCCCAGGAAAAAAAAUGUUUUUAACAUAAGAUUUUCUGGAAGUUUAACAUGAUUUGCUUUAGUUUUUCUUUCUUUCAUAGGUGAAUGACUGUGUGGUUGAAAUGUGAAGCAAAGAUACUAAUAAUGUUGCUGCAUUAUUUCACUGACUUGAGUUCUCAUUCCAAAUGGUUCAGGUUUUAUAGAGCAUUGUGUAAAAUAAUGUUCAUACUUCUGUUUUAAUAAUUUAUUUUUUGCACUACUGUAUCCUUUUUUCUACAUGUAUGUUUGUAACUAUUUAACUGUACAUUGCUAAAAGGCCACUGCUUUAUUUAUUGAUGUGGUUUACCAUGUACCUAGGGGGAAUUACAAUACUAGAAAUGUGCAAUUUUUGCUUCAAAACCUUUUUACUACAUUGAUCCCAGUUCUUGAACUGUUUCCAUGUCUAUCCUAGUAGAAGUUUAAAAGGACUUCAAAAUGAUGCUAAGAUGAUCCAUAGUCACAGAUUAUGCUUUUCUAGUUUUAAUUAAAUGACAUGAAAUACUUUAAUGAUUUGGCAUAGGUUAUGGCAUAUUCCCAGGUAAAGUAAAAUAAUCCAUUUUCUAUGUGUAACAGACCAAGGCUGAAAGGAUUAUUGUUCUAGAACAAUAAUUAGAUUGUGUCUUUAAUUACAGCAUAUUAUGGGCAUUUAUUUCAGCAAUCUGACUAGAAGGGAUGGCUUUUGAAAGUAUAGCAGCUCAUAGCCAUUCCCAGCUAGCCUGCACUCCCCACCUCUGCUCGCUAUUCUGAAGAUGAAGACCUGGGCUUAAAGGCUUGAUGAAGGACUAUUUGUUAUUUAAAGUGUAAAGAAGUCAGAUAAGUAGAACCCUUUAAAAGUACAGUAUUUUAAAACAAUCAGACAACCUAUGGUUUUAUCAAAACAUUGCCUUUCCUUCUAGUUGCAAGGGGCCAAAGAUUUCAAUAUAGGGGAAGAAAAAGGAAGUAAAAGUAAGCAUUAUUUAGCUUGCCUAGUGGUAGUUUGAUUCCUUUCAUGUCCAAAGAACCUGAAAAAUAUAAUGAGUAUAGGAAAGUCAUUAUGUCAGAGUGAAAAAGUUAGGGCCAGGAAAAAGCGAGUUGUUGUGUUUGUACCUUCAUGUAGAUUGCCCUCCCUUGUGUGAUUCUGGACAGGUGUGUUAUUCACUAGAAGCCCCCUCACUCUGUUCAGGUGAGAGGGUCAGGCUUCAAGUAAUUAUAAUAAGUCCCUGACUGAAUAAGUUCUGUUCCGGGAGAACUGUUCAUAAGUUGGAUUCAUAUGUAGGCAGAUAAAAUGAGUUUUAUACAGUACACCUAUCAAAGUUCACAACUUGAAUGUUCAUAAGUCAGGGACUAACUGUAGUCUAACUUCUAUACUGCCACCAGUAGUCAGAAACAGGAAUGGGCACAGGAGAUGAUCCAGAUGAUAUUUAGGAGAUUCAUGUAAGCAGAAACCAUACUAUCUUCUCACUUCUUAGUGGAUGCUGUGUUGGCAGAGCAUUAUGUUAACAGGUUUGAUGCUCGUAGUGGGCUGGGUUGGAGAAGAAUGCAAGUAGAGUAGAUGGAGUGGAAAGACCUGUCUGCCCAGGAAAACCCUACAAGGCUCAAGGUACAGGAAAUUAGAGCCCCUUCCCCCAUGCCCAACUAUGUGUGCAUAGUCUUGGUGCAACAGUUUCUUUUUUUUAAUUUUAAAGAGACUAAAAAAUAAGAAAAAAACAUUAAAAACGAUACAGAAUUUCAAAACAAGAUGAUUGCAUAUUGUUAUCUUCAAAGUAGUUGUUCAGAUUACCAGAUAUAAUCAUGUAAAGUUGGUCAAAAAAUUGUAAGGUGCAGCAGUUUUUUAUUCUGUAGUGUAAGAACAACAAAGAAAAGGUCGUAAGUUUCUCUAUUUACUAAAUGUGUUGCUUUGACAAGUGAUUUAACUUUGGCUGAGCCCAUUUCCUCAGUGAAAUGGUAGUGCUAAAUACUGCAUAUAGGCUUGUUAUGAACAUUAAAUGAAAUAUGCCUGAAGCCCCUUAGCAUGGCAGCUUGACUAGAGGAGAUACUUAACAAAUCAGAGCUAUUACUAUAUUGGUCAUAGUUACAGAAUAUCCUCAAAAGCCAUAUUUGCAUAAAACACUGCCUUUACAUGCAGUUCCCACUUGCAACCCCUUUAAUUUGGUUGAGGGAAUCUGCACCGCUGAUUUUUGACCAUAACUUGUUGGCUUAUAGGUGGUUCCUUCUGGGAUGAAUUCUGUUUGGGAAAGUGAAAAGACUGGAGAACAAAUAAGAGUCAGAGGCAAGGACUAGAAGUACUAUGCCAACAAAUGGUUUCCUAUGUUAAUAACUGCUAAAAAGCAGUGUUGCUUGGAAAUCUAGCAUGUCUGGUAGAAAGGAAGCCUUAAAUUCUGCUCCAUUAGAAAAACAAAAUCAUCACUCCCAGUUCUCCAAAAUGUAUUGAGAAUCUCACCUGUGCCAGGAUGAUUGGAUUUCACAAUCUCUGACUUUUGUGUUUAGUUCAUAAAUGGUGAACAGUAUUUCUUUAUGCUGCCCAAAGUAACAGAUUCAAAAAAAUGUAUUGAGAUCCCACCAUGUGCCAGAUAUGAAGCCAGAUAAUCUCCCAUACCUGAGUUUAUUAAAUGAUCUCUUUUUUAGGAGUAGUUAUCCCCAUAUAAUGGAUAAGAAAACUGAGGUCAAAAAUGAUAAAUACUUUGCCAAGGUCAUGUGGUCCUCUGGUAAAUAGCUGAGCUUGAUUUUGAAUGCAUUUCUUUGCAGAUUUAAAAAAUUUUAAAUAGUUUGUGUUACACAUAAUUUUAUUUAACAGACAUGGCACCCUAGAAGCUCCCAAUGGGAAGAUGCAGAUAAAGUAAAAUUCACUUAUCCAGCACAUUUCUAUUAAGUAAAAAAUGAAGCUUGAUUUCUUUUUUCUCUUUUUUAUUAUAAAAAAUAAAAGCAGGAAAACAUAUUAACAGACAGACAUCCAUUUACA